AUGGUAUCGCGAACUCUUUACGCUGUACUCUCCAUGGGGGCUGUCACUGCACAGCUAUUCGCUACACAAUCUCAUUCCCCAAUUUCGAUGAGCGGCCACCGGAACAACCCGAUGUUAAAGCUCCCCUUUGAGGAGGCUGGAUCGGAGACUCUCAUGGAUCUCGGUCUAGGAGCCCUGGACAAUGGAAGUCUUCAGUUGGUUGGGAUGCCACAGCGCCAUAUUUGGUGGGACUCCGGGAUUGAUUGGGUGAAGAAGCUUACAGCAGCGUGGAAUGCGGAUGCUUCCCAAAAUGCGUUAUCAAAGCAUUCAGGAGGGAACAUUUAUGAGAUGGACCAAGAGAGGUGA